AUGAGGAACAGUUCCCAUGGUGGCGUCAAUUUCAAUAACUUGGGAAGCAAUAAUAGCAAUAAUACUACUACGACACGAUCAUCAUCUCCUUCGUUUUCAUCAUCGUCGUCGAGGGCCUUAGGAACCUUUUCAGCAACGCUGCCAGCUUCGGGCUCCAACAGAGGAAAAUCAGCUACAGGAUCAUCGUCUCUUUCAAAAUCUUCGCAGUUCGGAACAGGAACAAAACAUAAAUCAAGUUCUCUGUCGAGUAGCGUGGGUGGGGUCGGUUCUACGGCUGGCUUGUCCUCAGCAUCAACAAGUUCCACCAAUUCAGUCAAUAUCUCAUCAAGCUCACCAACAACAACCAUUGAUUCUAAGGUAACAUCUCCAAAACCAAACACAUCUCCACUCAUUCAUUUCUUUUCAUCCUCAACUUCUACAGGUUCCAAGCGAGGGAUUGGAUCAGCUGGAGGAGAUUUUCAUCAACCCGUGCGGAAUUCAUUCAGUGUUAAUGCUUCGAAUUCGAAUCCUAAUAGUUUGAACGGUAGCAAAAGUCAGCCUACAUCACCACUAGGGCGUAAAAAGAACGAAGAGAAAAAUUUUCAAUCUCUCACGCCAACAACAAAGACGAUAGCACCCAUAUCUCCCACAAGUAGUAACAAACAAGCCCUCUCGCCCUUCACCGUAUCAACAUUUGAAGAAGAAGAAGAUGUUGACACUAUUGAAGCGUCCUAUAUCAAUCACCCCAUCACACCCAUUGUCAAGAGUAAUAAUCCAUUUGAUCUACAUUCAACAUAUAACAUUAAUAAGCAAUUAUUUUCCGAGGUUAUUUCACCCUCAAAAAUACCACUUCUAACACCACCUCCAAUUCCAAAGUCAAAAUUGAAUCUCCAAUAUCGAAUUAAAAAGGCCUCAGGUAGUGGGGCUGAUGCCAACGCAAAUAUUAGCGAAAAAGCUCUGAAAGUGUCAGUGUACAGUAAACAAAAACCCAUGUGUGACGAGAAUACCCAUCCAACAGGGGAAGAUGCAUACUACUGUUGCUACAGUGCAAAGCAUGAAGUGUACAGUUUUGGUAUUGCAGACGGAGUUGGUGGAUGGAUGGCAUUUGACAUUGACCCAUCCCUAGUGAGUCGACAAUUAAUGUGGAAUUGCAAACUUUUGCUCUGUAGCGAUCAACUGAACCAAAUUGUUGCAGAAAAUAAUUACCAUAUCCCAAAAGAAUACGAACCAAUGGUAGCAAGAGGUCUUGAGCUUCCUCAGGUUGUACAUCCAAAAAUUCUACUUGAACGAGCAUUUAGGUUAAUGACAGAGUUCAAUCAAGUGAAAGCAGGAGGAACCACGGCAUGUAUCAUCUUUUUAAAACCUCUACCUCAAAAUUUAUAUCAACUCUCUUAUGCAAAUCUUGGAGAUUCUGGGUUUGCUGUGGUGAACAAACAAAAAAGCAAGGUAAUCUAUCGAAGUAAGGAGCAACAACACUACUUUAACGCUCCAUAUCAACUUUCCGUAAUACCUCCAGAGCUUGAUAGCGAUGAGUUAAUUAAGGACGAUCCCAGUUGUGCAGAUUUACACAUUAAUUGUUGUACCUUACGUGAAGGAGACUACAUUGUGCUGGCAACAGAUGGAUUGUUUGAUAAUCUUUUUGAUUCAGAUAUUCUGAAAAUUAUGAGGACAGCCACAAGUUGUCACAGCAUUUCAAAAAAACUUGUACAGGAAGCGGUCAAGAGAUACAACUCACCAACACUCCCCAAUCAUACGCCCUUCUCAAUGGGGCUGAGUAAGGUGACUGGAGAGUUUAAACGACAUGGCAAAUCUGAUGACGUAACUGUAUGCUGUGUUUCUGUAUGCUGUAAUUAA